AUGACUAACGUAGUGAGCCCUGCAGCCAGCUACCCAUCACCCCCAGCGCAAUACUCGCCGGCUGAUAACCCUUCCCUGGGAUCACUUUAUGAGCACGUCUCCAUGUCGUCGUCAUCGUCACCCCACGGCGCGCAUGGCAGCGCAUCGGAAAAGAGCCCUCUGUCGUCUCUGAACCUCAACUUCCUCAAGUCUUUGAAUGACAAGAGGACGACGAGAGAUGGCAACCCGCCGAAGCGUCGUGGACCGAAACCCGACAGCAAACCGGCGCUUACCCGUCGCCAGGAAUUGAACCGUCAGGCGCAAAGGACCCAUCGAGAACGAAAGGAGUUAUAUAUCAAGGCUCUCGAGGACGAAGUGCUGCGAUUGAAGGAGAUCUUCAGCAACGUCACGCAGGACAAAGACAAGCUUGCCGAAGAGAAUCGGCAACUGAGGAACCUGCUCAACCAGAAUGGCAUCGCCGCGGCUUCCACCACAGCCAUGGACGACGUGAUCAGCAACCCCAGUCUAGGAUACACGUCAAGCGGAAGCAUCUCGGGCAGCUACGCGCCGGGCUCCAGCACGACCGCAUACACACCACCUCUGACGUCGAUAUCGACUGCCUCGGGGUCGAACUCGGGCCAGCUGUUGGGAGGCCAUCAACAGUCCGCUCAGAGCGGCGUGGACUACGACCAGGCUGGGAUUGAUUUCGUGUUAGCGUACGAGAACCCCAAUGACCCCUCAAAGGCAUACAUGUCGCCUCCCCAUCAUCUCGAGAAACCUUGCAUGGACCACCUGCCAUACCUGCUAGACCGGGCCGGCGAGCCCGGCGGCGAGCCCUGCGGCCACGCCCUCAUGGCCACCUGCCCCCCGGAGCCCUUUCCCGAGCUGAACGGCGAUAUCCCGUUCGGCUUCGCGCACGCCGCGGCCGCCGCUGCCGCCGCCACCGACGGCAAUGGCAACGGCAAGGGCCAGCCGCCCCUCCGCACGUGGCAGCUGUCCAAGGGCGACCUCGCCACCCUGCUCGACCUGAGCAAGAAGCUGGACCUGGACGGCGAGAUCACGCCCGUCAUGGCCUGGGGCAUGAUCCUGUCGCACCCGCGCCUGACCGAGCUCACCCGCCAGGACUUCGAGAAGGUUAUCGACGACCUGACCGGCAAGGUCCGCUGCUACGGAUUCGGCGCCGUGAUGGAGGAGUUUGAGGUGCGCGACGCUCUCAACGCCGCGCUCUCGUCCAAGCCGGAGGUGGGCAUGGUUUUCUGA